GCUUGUCACAGCCUUCGGUGGCGCGAGCAAGAGGAAGGCGCGCGCGGUCCAACACUUCCCCCCUCGAGGGUAUAUAAAGGGUCUCGCGAGGCGCAGCCGCGCCCCUCUCUCUGUCCACGGGCCAUGUCAGUGUCCCCCGUGAAGAAGCCGAAGAUGGAGUCGGUGCUGGAGCAGCUCAAGCAGCACACCACGGUGGUGGCCGAUACCGGGGACUUUAACGCUAUUGAGGAGUACAAGCCUCUGGAUGCUACCACCAAUCCAUCCUUGAUAUUAGCUGCGGCCCAGAUGCCAGCCUAUCAGCAGUUGGUGGAAGAUGCCAUUGCAUAUGGGAAGAAACUUGGUGGGUCAGAAGAUGAUCAGGUUACAAAUGCUUGUGACAAGCUUUUUGUAUUAUUUGGGGCUGAAAUACUGAAGAGGAUUCCUGGCCGUGUAUCCACAGAAGUAGAUGCAAGGUUGUCUUUUGACAAGGAAGGCAUGGUUAAAAGGGCCAGACACUUCAUAGAUCUUUACAAGGAAGCAGGAAUUAGUAAAGAUCGCAUUCUCAUCAAACUAUCAUCAACAUGGGAAGGCAUUCAGGCUGCCAGGAUUCUUGAAGAGCAGCAUGGAAUCCAUUGUAAUUUGACAUUGCUAUUUUCCUUUGCUCAGGCUGUUGCCUGUGCAGAGGCAGGGGUCACCCUAAUUUCUCCUUUUGUUGGGCGUAUUCUGGAUUGGCAUGUUGCAAAUACAGACAAAAAAACCUAUGAGCCAUUAGAGGACCCAGGGGUAAAAAGUGUCACUAAAAUCUACAAGUACUACAAAAAGUUUGGCUAUAAAACUAUUGUGAUGGGAGCUUCUUUUCGAAACACGGGAGAAAUCAAAGCACUGACUGGUUGUGACUAUCUCACCAUUUCACCCAAGCUUCUGGGAGAACUCAGUAAAGAUAGUAGCAAACUAACGCCAAUGCUUGGUGUCAAAGAUGCUCAAGCCUCUGACCUAGAAAAGAUCCAUCUGGAUGAGAAGGCAUUUCGUUGGCUCCAUAAUGAAGACCAAAUGGCUGUGGAGAAAUUGUCUGAUGGAAUCAGAAAGUUUGCCGCUGAUGCAGUUAAACUGGAGCGGAUGAUAAAGGAACGAAUGUUCAACGCUGAAAAUGGAAAGUAGACACACCAAUCUUCUUGGAUGCUGUGUGGAUGUAUAAAUAUUAACAUGUUGCAUAUGAAUGGUUUUUCUGUAUUCAAGGCUUUUUGUAUGAAUUUGCAAAGAAAAAAUCUUAAUGUUCAUGGCGUUUUUAUACAUCAAAAUUCUGACUGUUGUGGGAAUCCAGUGGUUGGGUAUUACAAAUAGUUUUUUCAUCAGGAUUGUAAAUUGUGAAAUGACAAGGACCAAUUGAAGAGAAGUGUUUUUGUCCGAGAUGGUAUUAAUAAAAAAUUCUAGUAUA